GAGUGUGAUCCGGCGGGUUGCUGGUGGUGCAAAUGGACAUUUUGGCUCCUGUUCCUUUAAGACUGCAUGUGGUCUACAUCUCGCUGCUCCCAUGGCAGGCUGUGUAGGUGCACACGCUUUCAAAGUUUGACUGGGGAAUAGAGGGAGCAGUGGAGACGGCAGCAGGCAGCAUCGACCCACCAGGAAAAGAAACACAUUCACUAUCGUUCACAGAGAGGAAGAAGAGGAGGGGGGGGAUUGAAGGACCCGCAAGCCCCGCCGAUAAGAACAAGAGGAGAGAGAUGAGUGAGCUGAUAGCCGAUUUCUAAAUGGAAAACACGAGCAGGUUAGUGUAGCUCAGUGUUUCGCUGGAAGGAAGGAAGGCAGGCAGGCAGGAGAGACUCCCCCCCCCCCACCCCCGGCUGCAGACCCCCCCCCCCCUCAGCCAUGCCGCUUGUGUUCCGCACGCUGCUGCUCGUCUUUGUAUCGCUGGUGGUGCUUCUGAUCAUAGGUGAUAUUGCACAAGUGGAGGAAGGAACUGCGAAAACUGGACACUCGAAGAAGAGCAACUUGCACCUGCUCAUCCCUCAGCCGCACAGAAAGACCACUGCACAUGUGGAUCCAACUGCGUCGACGAACCCGAGCAAAGAUUCAAACCACCCCGAUCCGAGCUGCAACAACACCGCCCGGCUCUCGACAAACAACUGGACCUUCAACAAGACCCUCUCCAAACUCAUCAGGAAGAAUAUUCUGAGAUUUCUUGAUCCGGAGAGAGACAUCUCUAUUCUGAAGGGCACGCUGAAACCAGGAGAUAUCAUCCACUAUGUCUUUGAUCGCCACAGCACCACAAACAUCUCGGAGAAUCUCUACCGCCUGCUGCCCACUGCGUCCCCUAUGAAGAACCAGCAUCACAGGCGCUGUGCUAUUGUGGGGAACUCGGGGAUCCUGCUGAACAGCAGCUGUGGACCCGAGAUCGACUCUCACGACUUUGUUAUCAGAUGUAAUCUGGCACCAGUGGCAGAUUACUACCAGGACGUGGGCUGGCGGACCAACCUGGUGACCAUGAAUCCGUCGGUGGUGCAGCGGGCCUUCCAGGACCUGGUCAGCGAGGAGUGGCGCGAUCGCUUCCUGCAGCGGCUGCAGAGCCUGAGCGGCAGUGUGCUGUGGAUCCCGGCCUUCAUGGCUAAGGGGGGAGAGGAGCGCGUGGAGUGGGCCCUCCGACUCAUCCUGCUGCACACCGUGGACGUGCGCACCGCCUUCCCCUCGCUGCGCCUUCUCCACGCUGUCAGAGGGUACUGGCUAACCAACAACGUGCACAUCAAGCGCCCCACCACGGGGCUCCUCAUGUACACCAUGGCCACUCGCUUCUGUGAGGAAAUCCACCUCUACGGCUUCUGGCCCUUCCCGCUCGACCCGCAGGGCAGACCGGUCAAAUACCACUACUACGAUACCCUGAAGUACGAGUACACGUCCAGCGCCAGUCCUCACACCAUGCCGCUGGAGUUCAGGACCCUAAGCACUUUGCACAGGCAGGGGGCGCUGCGGCUCCACACGGGAAGCUGUGACGCAGAGAGGAGACCGCAGAAGUAGCUGAAUGGAACGACUUCAUAUUAACUACUGAACAGUUUUCUCGCUGCCCUACUUUACUUACUUUUUAUAACACUUGAAAUAACUUAUUUUCAGUACUUGGAAUGAACUUGUUUUUUUUUUCAGCUCUUUCAGUCAAUCUGGUGGUUUUAACGAGAUUUCUUAAGGCAACCUUUUUAAUAUAGUGAGACUCUUUUGUGCACACUGUUAAUGGAGAUCCUGUCACAUGAGACGGCCCCUUAUCUCUCUUAAACAGAACUUAUUCAGUCGUUCAAGUCUUAACGGACUUCCUGUGUGGUUUUCAGUUAUUGGUCAUGAAAGGGGGGGGGACAACAUUUUUAUGAUUUAAUUUUGGGUCCUGUGACAAAACAGACUGAUAUUUCCAUUUUUUUGAUAUACACAAUAGGGCUUCAUUAAAAGGGGGUGUUGUAAUUUACCCAACAAAGUCCACAGCAUGAAGAGCUGCUGACUUGGAUCUCGCUCUUGUGAGUCACUGGUCGGGCCACAAGAUGGAAGCACUUAAUAAUCAGGGAGUAAGAGGAUACGAGACAAAAAAAAAAACAUUUCUUUAAAGUCUGUGAUGUUCAACUUGUGAUAGCUCAUUUUCCCUCUGAUAAGAGAACAUUUUGUAUCUUCAUGGUAAAAA